UGGUUUAAUAUAAUUUUGCCUUUUAUACCAAAAAAAUAAGAUAACAUGAUAGAAAUAGGAAGAUUAGUAGUGCUUUACGGUAGUCAGACUUUUACAGCUCAAGAAACAGCUGAAAAGAUCUGGCGAACAGCAAAAGCGUUAGGUUUGCGAGGUCCAGUGCAAGCUUUAGAUGAUUAUGAUAUAUCUAAACUGAUUCAUGAGGAUUUCGUGCUGUUUGUGUGCGCAACGACCGGGCAAGGAGAUGAGCCGGACAAUAUGAAGAGUUUCUGGAAGUUUCUGCUGCGAAGGAGUCUGCCAAGCACCUCUUUGCUCAAACUAAAGUUUGGUGUCCUGGGCUUGGGUGACUCGUCCUAUGCUAAAUUCAAUUUCGUGAGUAAAAAACUUCACAAAAGGCUGUUACAACUUGGUGCAACCCCUCUUUUAGAUGUUGGUCUUUGUGAUUACCAGCAUGAUUUGGGCCACGACGCAGUGAUGAUCCCUUGGCUAGAUAAGUUCUUCUUAACACUGAAAACCUAUCUUCCGAACCUACAGACCGAAACAUCAGACGCUAAGUUUAUUCCAAGAUGGAAUGUAACAUUAAAGAAACCAUGUGAUGAUACUUCGAAAAUAAGCAGUGAAAGGGAUAUUUACUUCUCUGGGGGACAGAAAGAUAGGUUUUGUGAAGCUAAACUGUUGGAAAUCAAGGAUAAUAGUAGAACAACUUCUGAAACACAUUUUCAGGAUGUGAGACUUCUAACUUUAGAAACAGUAGAUGGUGAAAAGUUUAGCUAUAAACCUGGAGAUAUAUUCAACAUCAGACCCAGGAACUCAAGAGAAGAUAUUGAUGAUUUGUUUGGAUUAUUCCAAACUCACGGAAUAGAUAUUAAGCCGCAUUACCAGCUGGUAGUGGAAGAAUGUCAUGAAGACAUGCCAGUACCAGAGUUCCUGAAACAGCCACUGGCAGUGUACGAAAUAGCCGAGCAAUACUGGGACCUCAAGUUCAUACCGACGCCAUACGUGUUCUCUCUUCUAGCGCUAGUGUCUAAAGACAAGUUAGAAAGAGACAAAUGUAUUGAACUCAGCUCGCCGCAGGGUCAGGAGGACUGGCUGAACUAUUGUAGACGGCCGAGGAGGACUAUUUUGGAGGUUCUGCACGACUUCCACCAUUCAGCGUCGCAGCUGACAAUCGAGGUUCUAUUCGAGCUGUUCUCUAGCAUCAAGCCAAGAUCAUUCUCAAUAGCCAGCAGUAGCUCGCACUCGGCACAGCGCAUAGAGUUGCUAGUGGCGGUGGUCAAAUACUACAGCAAGUUGAAGAAGGAGCGACUGGGCCUGUGUUCCAAUUGGAUGAAGAGUUUGCACUGUGGCGAGCGGGUGUAUGGAUGGAUCAAGCCGGGAACAUUUGUGUUUGCUGAUGCGCCAACCCCCCUAAUCCUAAUAGGCCCGGGCACCGGCCUAGCCCCGUUCAGGAGUUUGCUGCUAGAGCGCGACGCACAAGGGAAAGCUUCCAAAGACAGCUUCUAUCUGUUCUUCGGAUGUCGCAACAUGACCCAAGACUUCCACUGCAGAGGAGACUUGGAGCGGCUGGUCAGAGAGGAGAAAUUGACGAUGUUCUGCGCUUUUUCCAGAGAUCAGGAGGAUAAAAUAUACGUGCAGCACAAAAUAGCAGAAGCCAGAGAGUUGUUGUGGCCGCUGAUUCAUAACAAAAACGCACACAUUUACAUUUCGGGCAACGCCAAGAAUAUGCCAAAUAAUGUGAAAGACGCUUUCAUUGAAGACGUUUUCUGUAAAACUGGGGGACUGAGUUUAGACGAUGGCAAGAAAUUAUUGAAAGAGAUGGAAAAGAAUAACCGUUUACAGACAGAAACUUGGUAAACUAAAAUUC